AGUGACAUGCAUGGCCGCCUCCUUAUACGGAGCCUCGUCGCCUUUCUCCGGUGACUUGUAGGUUAAAUUAGUUUCUCUAUUUCCACGCAGAAGUUUCGUCCGUCUUUACCGGGACAGCGCCCUGCGGAGCUCAGCAUGGGCACCGUCCACGCCCGGAGCCUGGACCCGCUGCCCAUGCGGGGGCCAGAGCUGGGACUUCAAGCUGACGACAUCGACGCUCCAGAGAUUGAGCAGGAGCCGAAGCAAGAAGUUCUCGAAAACAAGGAUGUUGUAGUUCAACGGGUGCACAUAGAUGGGCUCGGUCGAACCAAAGAGGACCUGUUGUCUUAUGAAAUCGCAGGGGUUUUCCGGGCCAAGAAUUUGGUUGACGUGAUGAAAAAAUCGCAUGAAGCUCGACAGAAGCUUCUGCGUCUCGGCAUCUUCAGAAAAGUUGAAGUUGUGAUCGACACUUCAAGAGGUGAAGAUGCUCUCCCUAACGGCCUCGACGUGACGUUUGAAGUCACUGAGCUGAGGCGGCUGACGGGCAGCUACAACACCAUGGUUGGAAACAAUGAAGGAAGCAUGGUACUUGGCUUGAAGUUACCCAAUGCUUUAGGUCGGGCGGAGAAAAUGACCUUCCAGUUCUCAUAUGGCACCAAAGAAACCUCCUACGGCCUGUCCUUCUUCAAGCCACAACCAGGACAAUUUGAACGCAAUAUCUCCCUCAACUUGUACAAAGUAACCGGUCAGUUUCCAUGGAGCUCACUGAGGGAGACGGAUCGAGGCGUCUCUGCAGAAAUGAGCUUCCCCGUGUGGAAGACCAGUCAAACCUUAAAGUGGGAGGGAGUGUGGAGAGAGCUGGGCUGUCUGGCUCGGACUGCCUCGUUUGCCGUUCGAGAGGAGAGCGGCCAUUCCCUCAAGUCCUCACUUUCGCAUGCUAUGGUCAUCGACACCAGAAACUCCUCUAUCAUCCCACGGAGAGGGGGCCUGUUGAAGAUCCAUCAGGAACUUGCUGGUUAUACUGGGGGAGACGCCAGUUUCCUGAAGGAGGACUUUGAGAUCCAGCUCAACAAAACACUCUUCUGGGACUCGGUCCUUUCUGCCUCCAUGUGGGGCGGUUUACUCCUUCCUAUUGGUGACAAGCCAACAAGCAUAGCAGACAGGUUCUACCUCGGCGGCCCCACCAGUAUCCGGGGCUUCAGCAUGUACAGUAUGGGCCCCCAGAGUGAAGGUAUGGCAGGUGACUACUUGGGAGGAGAGGCCUACUGGGCUGGAGGUCUCCACCUCUACACGCCUCUACCCUUCAGACCAGGCCGGGGCGGCUUUGGUGACCUCUUCAGAACACACUUCUUCCUGAACGCAGGAAACCUUUGUAACCUCAACUAUGGUGAGGGGCCAAAAGCACAUUUAAAGAAGCUGGCAGAAUGCAUCCGUUGGUCGUAUGGACUGGGCAUUGUGCUGCGUUUGGGGAACAUUGCCAGGCUGGAGCUGAAUUACUGCAUUCCCAUGGGAGUCCAGAAUGGAGACAGGAUAUGUGACGGGGUCCAGUUUGGAGCAGGAAUCAGAUUUCUGUGAAGCCACCUGUCUUGGAUCCAGGGUUUCCUUGUGUUUAAACAUUCAUUUUAUGCAAGAAUCAUUUUAUUUGAAGGGGAAACCGCUUGUACAGAAUUAUUAUUACAACUAACUAGUUCAAUAAAAGUGUUUGCACUGAU